CCCUCUGACGAUGCCCGGGGUUUGGUUCCUCCUCGCAGCAGCGCAGUCGGGGGAGAAGGUGAAGGUGAGAGGGCAGCGACUGGGGAGCGGACGAGGCGAGUGGACGCGUGUCAGCGAGUUCAGACGUGGCAGCCUUCGAAUCAGAGACGGGGGAGCAAAUUGGAUUUGGCGCAGGGGAGACAGCGUCUUCACCUUUUCUCUGAACCGCUUAGGAAACAAGACACAGACCAUGCUCGCCCUUUGAGAACCCAGCCUGUGCCUUAGAACGCAAUGUCCCUGCUCUUCCCUUGCUCCAAGUCCAUUGUCUCCGGCAAGAAGGACAAGAGACACAUGGCGGAAGUCAACGCCUCCCCGCUCAAGCACUUCGUCACUGCCAAGAAGAAGAUCAAUGGCAUCUUUGAACAGCUGGCUGCCUACAUCCAGGAGAGCUCGGCAUUCCUGGAGGAAACGCACAAGAACGUGGAGCUGGACCCCAUCACUACAGAGGAGCAGGUGCUGGAGGUCAAAGGCUACCUGUCCAAGGUGGGCGGCAUCAGCCAGGUGUUGGCCCGGCGUCACAUGAAGGUGGCCUUUUUCGGACGGACGAGCAACGGGAAGAGUACAGUGAUCAAUGCCAUGCUGUGGGACAAGGUCCUUCCCUCGGGCAUCGGACACACCACAAACUGCUUCUUGCGCGUGGAGGGGACAGAGGGCCAGGAUGCCUUUCUGCUCACCGAGGGGUCCGAGGAGAAGAAAAGCGUCAAGACGGUCAACCAACUGGCUCAUGCGCUCCAUCAAGAUGAACUCCUGACUGCUGGAGGAAUGGUCAGCGUCAUGUGGCCGAACUCCAAGUGUCCCCUCCUCAAAGAUGACCUGGUUUUGAUGGACAGCCCUGGGAUCGACGUUACCACUGAAUUGGACAGCUGGAUUGACAAGUUCUGCUUGGACGCUGACGUCUUUGUCUUGGUGGCUAACUCCGAAUCGACGCUGAUGCAGACGGAGAAGCAGUUUUUCCACAAGGUCAACACCCGGUUGUCGCGGCCCAACAUUUUCAUCCUGAACAACCGAUGGGAUGCCUCUGCCUCCGAACCGGAGUACAUGGAAGAGGUCCGGCGGCAACAUAUGGAACGCUGCACCAGCUUCCUGGUGGACGAGCUGGGCGUGGUGGAUCGGGCCCAGGCCGGCGACCGCAUCUUCUUCGUCUCUGCCAAAGAGGUGCUGAGCGCCCGAAUCCAGAAGGCGCAGGGGAUGCCCGAAGGAGGCGGGGCACUGGCAGAAGGGUUCCAAGUGAGGAUGUUUGAGUUCCAGAACUUUGAGAGGAGAUUUGAGGAAUGCAUCUCUCAGUCGGCGGUGAAGACCAAGUUUGAGCAGCACACGGUCAGAGCCAAGCAGAUCGCGGAAGAGGUCCGCCACAUCAUGGACUCGGUGCAUGUGGCUGCCCAGGAACAGAGGAUUUACUGCCUGGAGAUGCGGGAAGACCGUCAGGAGCGCCUGGGCUUCAUCGACAAGCAGCUGGACCUGCUCACUCAAAACUACAAGCUGAAGAUCAAGCAGAUCACAGAAGAGGUGGAGCGGCAGGUCUCCAACGCGAUGGCGGAAGAAAUCAGACGCCUCUCUGUGUUGGUGGACGACUUCCAGCUAGAUUUUCACCCAUCUCCCGUAGUCAUUAAAGUUUAUAAGAACGAACUCCACCGGCACAUUGAGGAGGGUCUCGGCCGGAAUAUGUCUGACCGCUGCUCCAGCUCCAUCACGACGUCCCUGCAGACGAUGCAGCAGGAGAUGAUCGAUGGCUUAAAGCCCCUCCUGCCAGCCUCCCUGAGAGGCCAGAUAGACAAGCUCAUUCCCCGGCAGUGCUUCGCGAUGAGCUACGACCUCAACUGCGACAAGCUCUGCGCCGACUUCCAGGAGGAUAUCCAGUUCCACUUUUCUCUCGGCUGGACGAUGCUCGUGAACAGGUUCCUGGGACCCAAGAACACCCGGCGGGCCUUGAUGGGCUACAAUGACCAGGUUCAGCGUCCUCUGCCUUUGACUCCAGCCAACCCAAGCCUGCCUCCCUUACCCCAGGGAUCCUUGACUCAGGAAGAGCUGAUGGUCUCUAUGGUCACUGGGCUGGCCUCUCUCACAUCCAGAACCUCUAUGGGUAUCCUCGUGGUUGGAGGAGUGGUCUGGAAGGCUGUGGGCUGGAGGCUGAUUGCCCUUUCUUUUGGCCUCUAUGGACUGCUGUACGUCUACGAGCGUCUCACCUGGACCACGAGAGCGAAGGAGAGGGCUUUCAAGCGACAGUUUGUGGACUACGCCGGCGAGAAACUCCAGCUCAUCGUCAGCUACACGGGUUCGAACUGCAGCCACCAAGUUCAGCAGGAGCUUGCUGGGACCUUUGCCCAGCUCUGCCAGCAGGUCGACGUGACGAGAGAAGACCUCGAGAAGGAGAUCACGGCCCUGAAUCAAAAGAUUGAGAUCUUGGACUCCCUGCAGAGCAAAGCCAAGCUGCUCAGGAAUAAAGCCGGUUGGUUGGACAGCGAACUGAACAUGUUCACACACCAGUACUUGCAGCAGAGCAGAUAAGCGAGGAAAGGCAGAGGAGGAGGGCAGAAAUUUCUGCUCGCCACUUGAGUACCUGCUUGCAGAACCUGUUCCAGGCGGUGGGGAUCCGCCCCACAGAGGAGACAAUCGCUGCCCCGUCUCUCCUUUUCCGCCCCGAGACCGAGAGAAUCACACGGCCUCUGCAUGGUUUAUCCAUUUCUAAACACACACCCCACAACCCCGGUUUGGCACACACUUUAUUUUUGAGUCCUCCUUCCCCACUCCUCCUUCCAGUAGUGGUAAUAAGCUAAUAAUUAGCAGGAGAGAAAAUGCCUGUGUUUAUACACUUACAAGGAGGAAUGACAAGUCUGGUCUGCGUUCCCCUCUUCUUCGUCUUUUAACGACAAUGAAAUUUCCAGAUCAACUUGUGCAGAUUCUGUUUGGAUCCCCUUUCCCCAGCAAGUUUAAGAUGAAAAUCAGCCCCAAAGCUCCUCACCUCCCACUGCCCUCUCCAAUUCCACCUCUCAAUGAAUUAAUGCCUAUCUAUUCCUUAAAUAAUAAUAAUAUUGCAUUCUUCAAGGUAAAGAUGCAGUACAGCUAGAGCGUUGUAUCCCACAAAGGCCACAUUUAAAGCUCUGUGAUACCACAUUAACAGUCCUGGCUUCCUCCAGAGAAUCCUGGGAACAGUAGUUAAGGGUGCUGAGAGUUGUGAGGAGACCCCCAUUCCCCUCUCAGAGCUACAGUUCCCUGGGGAAAAAGGGGUUGACUGUUAAGCCACUCUGGGAGCAGAAUAGAGGUCUCCUAAAAACAACUUUCAGCACCCUGAACAAGCUACAGUUCCCAGGAGUCUCUGGGGGAAAGCCUUGAUUUGCUUAAAGAGGCAUCGCAGUGGUGUGAAUGUGUCCUGCUCUGAAGUGGCCCAUUUAAAUUGAUGGGUUUACUCUGUGCAGGGCUAGCAAUCUGUCUCGCUGAGGUGGCUUCAUGCCAAGCUGGGCUCUCAGAGGGAGCGUGGGAGCUGGGUGAGACCCACGGUGUCUGAGAGGCAAGUGUUUGCCCAAGUCAUGCCCUCCCCUUUUAUGCGAUUCUCUGAGACAGUGGCAAAGGGACCUCUGGCCUCUUCUGAAUUUGGCCCGCCAGGUCGUUUUGGACAAAUCACGUCUCUUACCUUCUGCCACCCACGGAGACCUGCUGGCGCCGAUCUCCUGUUCCUUUGCCCUGAGCUCUUGAGUCACCUGGUGCCGGGUGAUUUGCAGGUGAGGCCAGCCUGCCCGCCUCUCGGAGCUGCCCUCGAAACUUUGCCCUGUCUCUUGGGCUUGGCCAGGGCAGGAAGGCGCCCUGAGCUAUUUCAUACAACUUCCAAACUUGGCAGAAAUGCCCCGGCCUAGGAUUGAGGCAACACGGGGAAAUAUUGCUGGGCAAAGAGGUGGCUUGGAUAGAUCCUCACUCUUGCCUAGAUGUUCCCAAGUAUGUAAUGUGUGACCUGUUCAACUCUUGGGGUAACCACCUUCCAGAUGUGGACUACACUCCCUAUCAUCCCUUCCCAUUGGCCAUGCUGGCUGGGGCUGAUGGGAGUUGGAGUCUGAAACACCUCAAGGGCACCAGGCUGUGCUAGGUGUUACCAAGAGCACCAACUUUUAUUAUGAUGAUGAUGACCCCUGCUUUAUAACAAGGAGGUUCACAUGUAUUGAACAGGACAGAUGAGCAUCAUUAUCCCCUGUGCCUCUUAAUUCUUUUGAAUUAUGACUCUUUGCCCCCCCCCACCUUCCACUUGAAGGAAUUUGUUUGUCUGCCUCUCAUGCCGCUAGUCCUCAUGGAGCACCACAAGCACUGACAAGAUUCAUUAGAGGGUGCACCUCCCAGGCCGAAGAAGUUAUGAAUUGCAGGAUGAGGAACCCGCCCCUCCCUACCUGGCUGAAAUAAAUUCCUUGGCUACUACAGGCCUCCUCGGGAGUCUUCUGGAACAGUGUGGAUUGGAGACCCGACCGCAGUGGAGAUUUUGAUCCCUUUGUACACUUCAUGUAAUUUGUUCCAUUGACAUCCCACCCACCCCCUUUAAAAAAAAACCACACCCCAGUUUGGAUUGAUGGAGGGAAUCUGAAUGGGCUAAGCUAGUCAUGCUCAUGAACUUCAUUGGGUCUACUCGUAAGUAGCGUUAGCAUUGGAUAUAACCCUAGAUCCCCAGCUUAGCUCAUUCACUAAGAUAUUUGAUGCUCCUUUAAGACCAGGUCCUCUGUCAACCAACUUGAUAAUGACACGGGUGUCAUUUCUGGAUUUUGGUAGCCAAUCCGCCACAACCAAUAUUACAGCAACAAGUUUAGCCAAAUGCACUUUAUUUUUUAUUGUUCUAUUGCUGCUAAUUUUGAUUACUCCAUAUAUAUAUAUUUCCUUUUCUGUCAUUGGUUGAAUUCGGGGCUCUCCAAAAAUCCUCCCUGCGGUGUGUCUCUUCUAUCUGCUGUUAUGUACAAUGGUAAUAUUUUUUAUUUGGGCAUGAAUUACCUUUCUUGCUGUAUCAGUGCUGUUAAUACCCAAAACCAAACUAUUAAAAGAAGGAAAAAAAUCGGUCUGAA